AUGAACCACAGAAUGGGAAAGAUAAUGGAUUUGAAUCGGUUUGACAGCACAUUCUUCGGACUACCGGAUGAAAUGGUUUCUGAAUUAGAUCCCUCGAACAGAAUAGUAUUGGAAACGGCAUACGAAGCUAUUUUGGACGCAGGCAUAAAUCCGGAAAUAUUGCGCGGCAGUCGACGCGUUGGUGUUUAUAUGGCUCGUAAUAUUUACAGAAACACCGGAAUAAGUAACGGUGCCGUUCAAGUGGACAUGUUAUCGCCGAUGGAGUUGAUUAUUAAAAUAAACACAUCGCUCGUAUCGAUGGACGCGAACCGGUUAUCCUAUGUGUUUGACUUCAGGGGCCCGUCGAUGGUCAUCGACACCGCCUGCUCGGCCUCUCUCAGCGCGUUCAAUGUGGCCCUCAAUGAUCUAAUCAUAGGCAAUAUCGAUUACGCGCUGAUCGCCGGCGUUCACAUAAAUCAAGAGCCAGUAAUCAUGCAUAUGGGACAGACGGCCGGCUUUCUGUCGUCGACUGGUCAGUGCUGUCCGCUGGACGAGUCGGCCGACGGUUACGUUAAGGGGGAAGCCGUCUGUUGUUUGCUUUUACAGCGCCGACAGACGGCGUGUCGUGUGUACGCCGGCGUCCGCGGGGCCGGAGUUAAUUGUGACGGCAAAAAAACAAUCGGCAUGUUUUGCCCGUCCAGUGAGGCUCAGGAGGAGCUGAUGGUUGACACCUAUACCAAGUCUGGCGUCGAUCCGUUAGAUAUUACGUACAUAGAGGCCCACAUCACCGGAACUAAGGCGGGAGAUCCGAGCGAAGUGCAGGCCAUAUACCGAGCCUAUUGUGAACGCGCGGGACGUACGCAAACGUUACCGUUGGGAACACUGAAGGGCAGUAUAGGUCACGCGGAGGGCGCCUCCGGACUAACGUCACUCAUCAAAGUGUUGAUAGCGUUUGAAAAUGAAUGCAUUCCUCCAAACGUUAACUUCAAAAUUAUUCGCCACGAGGUCAGAAAAUAUUGUCCGCCAUUAUUGCCGAUCGCAGAGAAAUUUAAAUAUAAGCCGGGUACGUGUUGUGCAAACACUCUAUUAUCACUGAUUAUAAUACUUUUAAAUAACACGCCCGUCACUGCCCAACACAAUUAUUCAUUAGGUUUGGCCGCUGUAAACAACUUUGGUAUCGGCGGUGUUAACGGUCACGUAAUUGUUGAGCCCAACCCACGGGUGCCGAACUGUGAUAGCUAUAAGCUGUGCGAACCAAUGGCCCGAUUGGUGGUGAUCUGCGGCCGAACCGAAGAGUCGGUCAAACAUAUCAUAAAUUUUAUCGAAAACUCGCCGAUAAAAGUGACUAAAGAUGAUGAGCAAUAUAAUUACACGAGACACAUAUCUAUGAUGAAAGACAAAACACUUCCCACCCUUUGGAUGGUGUUCGCCGGUUUGGGCGGUCAGUGGUCGGCAAUGGCUAAGGCUUUAAUGCCGAUAGAGAUAUUCGCCGACAAAGUAGACGAAUGCCAUCAAAUACUCGACAAAGAGUUUGGCAUUGAUUUGAAACACAUAUUACUAUCGGAGGAUAAAACAGCGAUGUCGUCGAUAACCGCGAAGUUUUGCUCCACAAUUGCUAUAGAGAUUGCGUUGUUUGCAGUGAUAAAAGCGUUGGACAUCACACCCGACGGCAUAAUUGGCCACUCGUUUGGAGAGAUCGCGUGCGCGUACGCCGACGGGUGUCUGUCGGCCCGGGAGGCCAUGAUUGUCGCCUAUUUUAGAGGUGCCAUUACAACAAGUGACACACAGAUACCCAAUGGCUUGAUGGCGGCGGUGGGCCUGUCCUGGGCUGAGGCGCUCGACGUAUGUCCGAUAGAGGUGUCCGUUGUUUGUAACAACUCUAAGAAUAUGGUUGUCAUCGCAGGAGUUUUUGUGCGCCAAUUGGAAAGCAAUAAUAUUCCAUAUCAUAGCCAAUACGUGCGGUCGUCGGCGCGGCCAAUGAUCGACGCCAUUGACAAAUACGUGCCCAACCCGGGGCUCCGCACUAGUAAAUGGGUGUCCACUGCUGUGUUGGCGACAGUGGCCGGAGAGGAGCGGCUCCGGUACGCGUGUGGCGAGUAUUUCGCCCACAAUCUGACGCACCCUGUUCGUUUCUACGACCGUCUUAAACAAGUUCCCGCCGGCGCUGUGAUACUGGAGCUGAGCCCGCACUCGGUGUUUGCCAAAGCGUGCGCCGAAUCGGUGGCGAACUGUCGCUACGUGUCGCUCAUGUCGGCCAACGCCGGCGCCGCCAAUAUGAACCAAUUGUUGGCCUCAAUCGGGCUGCUAUACGAAUUGGGUUUCAAUCCGUCGGUGGAGCGCCUGUAUCCGGUUGUCCAGUGGCCGGUACCGCGCGGUACGCCGUCCAUCGGUUCCCUAGUGAUGUGGGAUCGUAGCCAAGAUAUGACCCGUUAUUCGCAUAAUAAGUUACGCCACGUGUGCGCCGAUAUGAAUGUCGCGGUAGACACCGGGCUCAAGAAAGACGCCUACCUGGGCGACCACGUGGUCGACGGUGCCAAUCUCUACCCAGCGGCCGGUUAUUUGAUGCUCGCCUGGCGUCAAAUGGCCGCCUCCUAUGGCCUCACAUGGGACGCUGUGUCGGCGCAGUUCCAGAAGUGCCAGUUCCUCAAUAUACACGACAACAACGACAACAUCUGCGCCGUCGGUAACGUCCGUCGGGGCGCCGACGAUAUGCUAACCGAACAACACCUCAUCAGUGAUGGAGAGCCAGUGAUGUCGGCGCGUGCGUACAGAUUGGACAGGGAGUCCAUUAAAAAAGAGCUACGCAUCCGUGGCUACGAGUACUCCAACGAGUUUCAUAGUUUGACGCGCGUAAGUACCGACGAUUACCGGCACUUCUCGGCGGGCGUCGAGUGGACAGGAAAUAUGGUCACAUUUUUGGACGGUUUGCUACAAUUGAGCGCGUGUUCGGUGCCCUUCCGGGAACUGGCGGUCCCGAAGCUCAUCUACGCCUUACGUGUGGACCCGACCUCACUGUUCGCCGCCCUUAGAAAACAUCGUUUGGCCGCCGAUGAAGCGGUGUUGGCGGCGGCCGACGAGCCACACGUUGGCGGCGACCCAACCCCCAUAGCAAACACUUUUAAUGAUAGCGCCGCUAAAAAUGUCGCCCAACGGUUCCAACUCUAUCGCUCCCGAUUGCCGGCGGUGUUUCACUCGGAGCUCAAUUUGGUGGUCACAUACGGAGCCGAAGUGUAUGGUGUGAUUACCUCUACCACACCGCGCAAAUCGGAUCCUAAUCUUGGAUUUCAGAGACAUCAGUUCAUUGCCAACGAUGACAAUAUGGCCAUCGAUGACGGGCAUAACAAACUACUUAUUGAUUAUAUUGAAUUAUGGGAAAUGGAUUUACAAGACUUGAUGGAAGACAUGUCGGACGCCAUCAAAACCAAUGGUUUCUUAUUAACAGUAUUUCGAUAUAAACUGACGGAACCGGAGAUCGCAUUGAAUUCAUUGUUUGGAAAUUCAGUCACGAAUUCAGACCUCGAAAAACGGAUCAAUCAAUUCAUCGCUUGCGCUAAAGGCAUGCAAUUUAGAGUGAUAUGCAGUAAAUGCGAUACAAUUGGUUCAAAGGCUGUGCUGUUUAGGAAAGUCAGGGAACCGAUACUUCCGGACAAACAAAAUGUUAUCAAUUUUAACGGCACAUGUGAGCAAUGGUUCCCAGUAUUGAAGGACAGACUACUGAUGGCCAGUGAAUUGGGUGCCGACAGUCCACGUGUUUGGCUCAUUGCCGACGACUCGUGUAUUAACGGAGUAAUGGGUUUAGCAAAGAGUCUACGUCUGGAACCGGGAGGAGAAUACUUCAGAUAUAUUUUUAUUUACAAUAAAAAUAUCGCAAAUCCGGACAUAGACUUCAAGGCAAAGCCAUUCAGCGAUAUAUUGGCCAACGAUUUGGUGGCGAAUGUCAUCAGAGAUGAAAGACUCGGUUCCUAUCGAUACCAACGUUUUGGCAAAGAUUACGAUAAAAUUGUCACAAAUGAGUAUUACUUGGGUUUAGGAAAGGGUCGGGAGUUGUCUUCGCUGGAGUGGACGAACGCCGCCAACGCGCCCACCGCUUACGACGUGAACAACAAAUUGUGUCAAUUAGUUCACAUUAGGGUCUAUUGUUCGUCAAUAAUUUUCAGGGACAUAUACACCGUUUCCGGCAAAAUACCCACUAAUUUAAAGCCAUUUGAUAAGCCGAUCGGUUUUGAAUACGCUGGCCGUCGCGCCGAUACCGGGGAACGAGUUAUGGGCUUUAUCCACGGCAAGAGUGUGGCCACUAGUGUUCGUGUGGACCCCCAUUUGUUCGCAACAAUACCUGAACACUGGUCCAUGGAAGAGGCGGUCACUAUAUUGACCACGUACUUCUCGGUAUGGUAUGGCAUGAUCGAGAGGGCCCGCGUCAGACAAGGUGAGAGCGUAUUAAUCCAUUCGGCAGCGGGUGGUGUGGGUCAGGCGGCCAUUAAUGUGUGCCAACACUACGGGUGCGAUAUAUACGCGACGGUCGGCAACGAAGAGAAGAAACAGUUUCUCAUAAAUACAUACAAAAUACCGGCGGAUAAGAUAUAUUCGUCGAGAAGUACACAAUUCAUGAGUGAAGUGAUGCGCCAAACAGUGGGAAAAGGCGUGAAUCUGGUGCUCAACUCUUUAGCCGGCGAUCUAUUAGACGCCAGCUAUGAGUGUGUGGGCACAGGCGGCCGAUUUAUAGAGUUGGGCAAAACGGACAUUCAUCACAACCGAAAGCUCCCGAUGUAUAACCUGUGCCGUGAUUUGUCUAUAAUUGCCGUCUCUGUGGACGACAUUAUCGGCAAUCGGACGCACAUAUUGAAAUCGUUUUACCGCUGGAUUCACCAAAACUGCGCCAAUGGAUGCGUUCAACCAUUAAAUCGUAAGGUAUUUUCCGCCUCACAGGUUGUGAAUGCCUUUCAACAUAUGACUACCGGUAAACAUAUCGGGAAAAUAGUUAUCCGUAUUCGGGAAGAAGAGUCCACCCGAACGCCAAUUAAUCACAUAAUACCGGCCGAUAAUAUGAUUGUCACUACACAAACAUAUUUUAAUCCCAACAAGAUUUAUAUAAUCACCGGUGGUUUGGGUGGCUUUGGGUUAGAGUUGUGCCAAUGGAUGGUAUAUAACGGGGCCAAAAAAAUUGUGUUAACUUCACGUUCGGGUGUGAAAAAUGAUUAUCAGAAAUAUAUAAUCAAUCGUCUGAUAGCUUUUGGCCAAACGAAUCGUUAUUUCGAGAAUCAAAUUAUAGUCUCGUCGGCCGAUUGUCUUACGAUUGAGGGCACAAAACAACUGUUUAAUGAGUGCAAUGGUUUGGGCGCACCCAUCGGUGGUGUCUUUCAUUUGGCUCUCGAGCUAAACGAUUGUCUCUUCGGUGACGUGUCUUACGAGCGAUUCGUGACAACCGUUGACAUCAAAGCCAAGAUAUUUAUGAAUUUGGAUCAAAUGUCGCGCGAAUUGGGCCACACUUUAGACCAUUUUGCGGUGUUUUCGUCCAUUUCAUCGGGAAUUGGAAAUGAAGGCCAACUGAACUAUACUUACGGUAACUCUAUUUGCGAGCGUAUAUGCGAACAGAGACAGAGGGACGGCCUCUCGGGUCUGGCCAUACAGUUUGGGCCCAUCGGCGAUGUCGGGGCGAUGAGUGAGUCAACACAAACGAUGGCGUUCUCCACCACUCGGAAACAGUCGAUCCACUCGUGUUGCCAAGUGUUGGACAAAUUAUUAGCCGUUCGCUAUCCGGUCGUAAGCGUUACUGUCAAUAACGUCGAAGCGUCCCUAUUUAAAAUGUACAUGGGAGACAAAAAGAGUUCAAAAUUAUUGAUUAGUAAUUUGUGGCGAUCGCUGGGUAUCGAUCCGUUGGUCACUCCGGCGAAUACCACGUUAGGUGAGAUCGGAAUUGAGUCACUGUUUGCCUCAGAACUACAGCAAGAAUUGGAAAAAUGUUGCGAUCAAACGAUUCAAUUGAAUUCAAUUAAACACAUGUCUGUCGGUCUACUUCGAGAGUUCGAGUCCGGAGGCGACGUUCCCAUCAAAGCCUACUUUAAUGGCUUAAAAAGGGCUCAAAUAUCGCUUUCAAAGUAUCGGUUUGUGAUCCCUUUGGAAACACACGUCCGGCUCAAUGGUGUCUCAAACGGAAAGCCAUUGUAUUUAAUGCCGACUCUGGAGAUGGGGUUUGCAUUGUAUGACAAUUUGGCGCAAAACCUGAACAGACCGGUAGUUGGACUCAAUUGGACUCCAGAAGUGAACCAAUUGUUGACAUUGAAUGCAGUGAUGAAAUAUUUCGCUGAUCUGAUGGCUAGACUCGAGCCGAAUGGCGGUUACGAUGUGUUGGGAUCGAUGGACGGAGCGAUCAUUUGUGACCGACUAUUACGUAAGGGUUUGGCAGAGAAGGCGGUUAUGAUUGAUGUGCUGUCGAAACACCGUUUCCUUGAGGACCACAUCACCGAUGAUAUGGUAUUGGAGUUGAUAUUGGAUUGUCUUUCAGAAGACAUACCAAUUGACUACAAACAGAAGUUAUUGAGAGACAGUUGUGACCAAAACAUUGAGUUCAGAGUCAAGAGAAUUGGGACAGAAUUGCGAGAGUUUGCUGGAAAAGCGAUGGUAUCUCAAGAUUUGGAUAAUAUAUUUGAAACAAUGGUUAAACGGAUCCGAAUGUUAUGGACGUAUAGAUUGAAUUUGAAACAAAAGUUUGGAAACGAUUUGCAAACAGUGAAUUAG